AGUAGCACCAUUCCGAACCCUAACCCCUCGAAAAAAAAAAACAGUCCCAACCCUAGCCGCACUCCACACUCUCAGUUCCUCUCCCCGGUCCCUAUCGCACCCCUCUUCCUGCCGCCACCCACCAUCCCCGCCGGCAGCAGCCUGCGAAGAUCCGUGUAGAUCGCCGACGCCGGCGCCGCCGCUUCCCGGAUCUGCAUAUCGCUGCCGCCUGCCGCUGUCGGUUCCCCCUUUAGAAUCGAUCGAGGUCAAAUCCUCGAGGGUUCAUCAUGGCCCAUCAGAUUGCGAAAUACUCCCAACAAGAGACAGCCGCAUCUUCCAUUUCCGGGUAAGACUCUCGUCGCCCGAGGGUCCUAGUCAUGUAAACGCGAGCACCGUCGUUGCUGGAUGCAAAUGCGAAGCUGUUUACCUGCCUCUACAGUCGAGCCCCGAAAUCGUAGUCCUCGUCACAGUGCGGCGUAACCCCGAUCUGGAGGGCGAUCCCAAGGUGUCUACACACAUGGUUUUACUCGACAAGACCGGCUCACCAGCGCCUUCCAUGGGGACAGGGACGGCGACGAACAUGGACAACUCUAUCCCUGGGUUGAUUGGAUGUUACAUUCUGAUAGCAAGGAGAGAUGAAGUCAAGGCGAACUGUGUGGUCGACAACUACUUUGUGGUGUUGUGCUCUGUGGACAUCAACUGGACAUCUCCAACUUCAUCGCUGAAGCAGGAGCUCCCGAGUUUGGGUCAUGAUCUUGCCAUGAUGUGGGAUAAACAAGGUCUCACCGAUGUUUCCUUCCAUGUUGGCGGGGAGAGCUUCAGCGCACAUCGCCUUGUGCUUGCUACCCGAUUGUCAGUCUACAGAGCAGAGCUUUAUGGUCUGAUGGCUGAAAGCAAGAUGGCAUCUAUCACCAUCCAUGACAUGAAAGCCUCUACCUUCAAAUUUAUGCUCUAUUACAUAUAUCAUGGUUCACUCCCUGAUGCUGGCAAGGCAGAUAUUUCUUCCCCCAUGGCACAGUACCAGCAUCUGCUUGUAGCCGCUGAUAGGUAUGGGGUGGAGGGGCUAAAGAAGAUCUGUGAGGACAAGCUAUGUUGCAAUGGUAUCACGACGGACACUGUGGUUUCAAUGUUGGAACUUGCGGAGGCCCAUGUCUGCCCCAAACUCAAAGCUAGGUGCUUUGAUUUCCUCACCGAUGGUGACAAUUUCAAGAUGGUCGUGACGUCAACAAGCUAUUGAGUGCUUGGGAGAAACACGGCGGCGGUGACAACAGGAGAGCACACGGUGUGGGGGCAUGGUGGAGAUCCCUUGGAAGAGCAGAGCAGAGCAGUAUCCUGCGAGGUUGAGUUCUGUUUUCUCUCCAGCAUCUGUCGGAUUUUAAGCAUGGGCUCCUCUGGUCUGUAAAAUCUUAUAGGUGAAUUGGGCUCAAACCUAGCGAGAACGACCAGCCUAGCACGUUAACUAGGUCGCACAUAUUCAUAUACCAGUGUCCUUCCUGAGAGCGGGAUUGCAGCACCCGAGCUCCACUGCUCUCUAUUUAAACAUUUUGAAAUU